AUGAAAGCCACAAAAAGAAUACAGAAGAAGCAGUGGAGAGCUAAAACUACUACAAGCAUCAAGUCUCUUCCACAUGAUCUCAUCGUAGAGAUCGUUGCUCAGCUAGUUUCAUUGUCUUCAACACCAGUAUCCGAUCUCGAAAACCUACAGAUGACGUGCAAGAUGUUUAGAACGGCAUCAAAAGCAAAGUUGGUUGGACAACAUAUUUCUUUGGAGAAAGAAUGGAGCAUGCAUUGGUGGAACAAGGAGCGUUACUUCGCUAUUCUCAAUAGUUGCGCCGCAGCCGGAAAUCUUAAAGCUUGUUUUAUACUUGGACUGGAGAAUGUCUUCAAUCUGGAAAGCCUGAACUUAGGGUUACGCUAUCUCGAGAAGGCGAUGGUCGGUGGCCACGAUGCCGCAACGUACACAAUGGGCAUCCUACUCUUUGGCGAUCACCGGACUCGGCAGAUUGGCAUGGAAUACCUGAACAAAAUUGGAGUUGUUUCUGGUGGAACUGAGGAUUCUGAGAGGAUGAAGUUUCAGAACCCCUACUUCGAGCAGUGCCGGAGGCAGGUCAUAGAAUCUGUACGGAGGAUUACCAUGAAGAGAUGGUCACCACGGCAGAUUGAACGGUGCACAAGUCCAACGUGUGGUCGGGUGGAGGGAUGGGAAGAACGUCAAAGCUUUUGCAGUGAGCUUUGCAAAUGGACUUCCGAGUAUUUUCAAUUCUAUACACAAGUCUGA